UCCUCGUCUUUUUCUUUUCAAUUUCUUUUUUAUCUUCCGAGAGCCAAUUACAAAAAUAUUUCAACUAAAGGUAAACACUAAAUACAGGGGGACAUCUUAGCCUUUACUUCUUGGUUACUCAUCUUUUGUCUUCUUUAAUCUUCAGUCUUUUCUAUGAACAUGGAGAAUAUAUUGUAUAGGCCGUAAAACCAGUUGUAACAUUAAAGUAGCAAAUCUCUCUGGUGGGUUCUUGAGGCCGGACUAGAGUAGAGCUUUGUGUCUGUCUUCUGAGCUAUCCUUAUCUUAUUCAAUGAUGGAAGAGAACCCUGAAAUCGCCCAGCGAGCUAAUUUAACUUCCAUGUCUGAUAAAGAAGUUUUUGAGCUGGUAUGGGAAAAUGGCCAACUUCUCAUGCGAGAUUUGCCCAGGAGAGCUCAAAGGGGCCCCUCAAUCAACGUUCAUCCUUCUCAUGACUCUUCGAUUAAUGCUCAUGUACAUGUUAAAAAUGGCGGAGACACCUUUCCUCAAAAGAGGGCAGGGUUUGAGACUUUAGAUUCCAUCUUGGAUAACUCUUAUCAUGAUCGGAAUAGCUUUUAUAUGAAUUUUACUCACAACAAGUCUCUGGAAGAUGAUAACUUUCAUGAAUCAUUACCCGAAGUGUAUCAAACCCAUUUUAAUGUGUUUUUGGAACAAAAUAAAGGUAAUAGUUACGAUAAGUUUCAUAAGGACUCCCAAGUUGUUCCCGUACAUGAAGAUGCAAAUUUGAAAAAGGGGUGUCACUCUAAUUAUUUCACUCAAACUCCUCAACAUGCCUCGACGGGCCAACCUGAUAAGUCCUCCAAUAAGCAAUACCAAGAAUCAGUUUCAUUCAAAAGGGCAAGGACAAAUUCAAGACAAAAUCUGGGAUCAAUGCGUGAUUUCCCCGUCACAAAGUUGCAGGAUCAAGAUUUAGAAUCUGAUGGGAGAAAGGCGACGACUAACUUUUCUCUUUUCUUAGGAUCUCCAGGUCUUCUUCAAGUUAACAGUCAGCGAAGUGGUGUUAAAAUGCCCACAACGAUUCCUGCAACUUUAUCAAGUGCUGAGGGUUUGAAUAACAACUGUAAAAGGUCUAGUCCAUGCAGUAACAUUAUCCCCUUGGAGUCAAUGUCAAUUGCUCCAGCAAAUGGUUCAAAAACUGUUAAGGGUUUUCAUUAUCAACCCAAUUUAAUGGAAGCGACUAUUGAGCUGUUACCACCGGCUGCUAAGCCUUCAGAUAAGUCACUCCCAGAUUACGAAUCUGAAGCUUGUUGUCGCGACGAUGCUUCCCCCAACCAAGUUUAUGGCCAAACCUCAAACAUAGCAGCAAAUCAAGCCAAGCGAAAGCUCAAUAAUACUCAAAAAGCUAUAGAGUUACCAGUGGCAUCUUCUUCGUUAUGCUCACGUGGAGCUUCAAAUAAUCCUACAUACACUUUAAAGAGGAGAUACGACGAUACCGAGGGGUCAGCCGAUCAUCCGAGUCAAAAUAUUGAGAGAAAAGCAACGAGUGUGAUAAAAGAAGUGCCUGGAAGCAAAAGCAAACCAAAGGGUAUGACUAAAGCAUUUCCUGGAAUCAAAAGUAAUAGCGAAAAGCGAACUGCAGAAUUUCAUAAUUUAUCUGAAAGGAAGCGAAGAGAUAAAAUCAAUAAGAAGAUGCGUGCACUACAGGAGCUCAUACCCAAUUGCAAUAAGGUAGACAAAGUUUCGAUGCUUGAUGAGGCCAUUGAGUAUCUAAAAAAUCUUCAGCUUCAAGUACAGAUGAUGAGUAUGGGAAAUAGGGUGUACAUGCCUCCAAUGUUGUUACCUAAUGGAAUGCAACAACUCCACCCACAAAUGACUCAUUUUUCUCCCAUAAGAAUGCAGAUGGGUAGCGGCUGCAACCCAUUCCCACCACACUUCUUAUUUCCACCGAUUCCAGGAGCUACUGCUAUGCCUGGCUUCGCGCCUCAACUGUUACCCAUGUCUCUAUUACCUGCACAAUUGGGUUUGGGGCUUCUCAACACAACUGUAAGGUUGCCUGCUGUCUCUCCUGCUUCUGCUUCUGCCCCAACCCAACCCAUGGUUUCUGCUACCCUAUCUAAUUCAAAGGAUUCCAUCCACAAAAUUAUUCCAGAAGAGGGAAAAAGCAAAGUUGUUAAAUCCUCAAAGAUUCAUUCACCCAAUUAGGUUGCUGUGUCCGAAAAAUCUGAUUCUGGUUACAGAAAUGAUUGGACCUGGGUUGUCAUCGUCAAUGGAGAAAUCGGAUCUAUCAAGUGAAUGAAAUUGUUUAAGAUUGCCAUCUGUAAGCUCUGCCAAUUGAAUUCAUAAUUCUAUUAGAGCAGAAACUGAACUAUAACUAAUAAAGGCAGAUUGCAGUUCAUAAUGUUCAAUAAAUUGUUUGUUGAACAUGAGGACAAUGUCAUACUACAGCCUACUUGAAGGUGGCGGAACAAUUAUCUUAUCCUUCUGGAAAGCCUGGCCAAUUCAAACUUGAGAGAGAACGUUUUGCCUGUCGACCACGAUUAGAGGAUUUACAAUUCCUAAAGCACCCUUUCAAAUUUUAAUUGGUGUUGCUUUCCUAACGGUUUCCGCUCUAAAACAUUUUUACCAUGGGAACAACAUUCUCUCAGGCUUUUAGCAGCAGUGAAGGAAAUAUUUGCACAAUUAUUUCUCGCCACCACAAGAAUUUUUGAGAUGAAACAUGUAUAUAUCUUUUAAGAUUCAUCUCAGUGGUUUACGCUUGGCGAGUAAGAGUAUAUUGAAAGGCACUUUUUAAUGCACGCUUACAAUUGUAUUGCCGGUGCCGGCAACACGACAUUUGAGGGCUAAGAAGAAAUCUUUAAAUUGGGUCUCUCU